GCAGCGAUUGGCGGAGGGGUUCAGGGGCGGGGCGCGAGGCCCUGAGAGGUUCCGUGCCCCUUGUCGGGCCGCUUGUUUGGCUGCUGCCGUCACCUCAUGGCGACGCGGGUAGAGGAGGUUGCGCGGGGAAGAGGCGGCGGCGCCGAGGAGGCAGUUGAGGCCGGACGGGGCGGACGGCGACGCAGCCCGCGGCAGAAGUUUGUGAUUGGCACAAUGGAAGAAGCUGGAAUGUGCGGGCUCGGAGUGAAAGCGGAUAUGUUGCAUAACUCUCAGUCCAAUGAUAUUCUUCAACAUCAAGACUCACACUGUGGUGGUACAAGUAACAAGCAUUCCUUGGAAGAGGAUGCACGCAGUGACUUUAUAACAAAGGGCAGGAGUUUGGUGAGCCCGACGUACUGCACACGAGAGUCACGGGAGGAAAUUCCUGGGCGAGAGGCUCGAACAGAUCCCCCUGAUGGCCAGCAGGAUUCAGAACGCAGCAGGAACAAAGACAAAACCUUAGGAAAAGAAGUCUUAUUAUUGAUGCAAGCCCUAAACACUCUUUCAACUCCAGAAGAGAAGCUGGCAGCUCUCUGUAAGAAAUAUGCCGAUCUUCUGGAGGAGAGCAGGAACGUUCAGAAGCAAAUGAAGAUUCUGCAGAAGAAGCAAGCCCAGAUCGUGAAAGAGAAAGUUCAUUUGCAGAGUGAACACAGCAAGGCUAUCUUGGCAAGAAGCAAGCUUGAGUCUCUUUGCAGGGAACUUCAGCGUCACAAUAAGACGUUAAAGGAAGAAAAUAUGCAGCAGGCCAGAGAGGAGGAAGAAAGACGGAAAGAAGCCACUGCACACUUCCAAAUCACUUUGAAUGAAAUCCAGGCACAGCUGGAGCAACAUGACAUGCACAAUGCCAAGCUCCGCCAGGAGAACAUCGAGCUGGGCGAGAAGCUGAAGAAGCUCAUUGAGCAGUACGCGCUGCGGGAGGAGCACAUUGAUAAAGUAUUCAAACACAAGGAACUGCAGCAACAACUUGUGGACGCCAAACUGCAGCAGACGACACAGCUGAUAAAAGAAGCUGAUGAGAAACAUCAGAGAGAGAGAGAGUUUUUAUUAAAAGAAGCAACGGAAUCAAGACACAAAUAUGAACAAAUGAAACAACAAGAAAUACAACUAAAACAGCAG